AGCGCCGCCCGCUAGGGUUUUCUCUCCCCUUCCUGGUUGCGCAGCUCACCCCGAACCCCCAGCUCCCCUCCCCGGCGCCGCCGCAACAGCAAGAUGGUGAAGGGACGCACCGGCCAGCGCGUGAGGCUCUACGUCCGCGGCACCAUCCUCGGAUACAAGCGGUCCAAGUCGAACCAGUACGAGACGGCGUCGCUGGUGCAGAUCGAGGGGGUGAACACCAGGGAGGACGUGGCCUGGUACGGCGGCAAGAGGAUGGCCUACGUCUACAAGGCCAAGACCAAGAGCAACGGCACCCACUACCGCUGCAUCUGGGGCAAGGUCUCCCGCCCCCACGGCAACACCGGCGUCGUCCGCGCCAAGUUCACCUCCAACCUGCCCGCCGAGGCCAUGGGGAAAAAGGUCAGGGUCUUCAUGUACCCGAGCAGCAUCUAAAAGGUUACUUUGAAGUGUGGAGGAUUUUGCUCGCCCCUUAGGUUUCAUUUCAGAGUCUUGUAAGAUGGAUUCAGGCCCGGAUAGCAAGUUGAACUGCUGUUUCACUGUGAAGAACUGUAGUCUUCAUGUUAUCUCGAAUGUGUGGGUCGCACAUUAUAUGAUGUUAUAUGUAGUUCGAACCUGAUGCUGUUUUUGCCCACUUUCUGCGUUCUAUCCUUGCAAUUUUAGCUAUCAAAUCUGAUUCAGUGAUGGUUUUACUCUUCUGAUAUGAAUGUUUGUAUGCCCUUUU